AUGACAGCCUUCGCCCGCACAGCCGUCGCCCUUGUCUUGGCUAAAACAUCUUUACUCUUCCCCGAGAUGAGCGCAUCGGUUAUGGUCCAGUACGCCCGCAUCAACAACGACGAGUCUGUCGAGAAAACGUCGUCUAACAACAAAUGCCCAGCCAGUUUCGAGUUGACAAUCCUCCGCCCUGCCGGGGCCAAGAAUGCAGAAAUGGACCUGCUGUCUGUCCUUAGUGGUACGGAACAAGCCGCCGCUGACUCGCUCGAGUGGCCCAUAUCGCAAAAGCUGCAUCGCGCCAGCCAGCCUAUCUUGAUCUCCUUUGUCUCUUUUUGCCACUUGAUGAGCCGUUUGAUGUCCAGCUUUCCACCCACGUAA